UAUACGAGUGAAGAGUGAACAUAUGAAAAUAUCACACAAGGUUUACUGCUAAUAAAACCAAAUUGCGUUACAAUUAGUUACGAAAUAACUGCUUAUAAUUGUGUUUUUGCGAAGAAGUGCUAAGUUGAGGAGUGCAUUUAAAUGACAAUUUUACAAUCAUAUUAUGAUGUCGGAAGUGGAUCCGGAGACAUUGCUGGAGUGGCUGCUGACGGGGCAGGGUGAUGAGCGCGACAUGCAGCUCAUUGCCCUGGAGCAGCUCUGCAUGCUGCUCCUCAUGUCUGACAAUGUGGACCGGUGCUUUGAGAGCUGCCCUCCGAGAACCUUUUUGCCAGCAUUGUGCAAAAUAUUUUUAGAUGAGAGUGCACCCGACAAUGUGCUGGAAGUCACAGCCAGAGCUAUUACCUACUAUCUGGAUGUGUCCGCGGAGUGCACCCGUCGGAUUGUGGCCAUCGAGGGCGCGGUGAAGGCCAUCUGCAGCCGCCUGCUGACCGUGGACCCCAACAACCGCACCAGCAAGGAUCUUGCCGAACAAUGCAUCAAGGUGCUGGAGCUAGUGUGCACCCGCGAGGCGGGCGCGGUGUGGGAGGGCGGCGGGCUGCCGGCCGUGCUGCACUUCAUCACGCACUACGGCACCGCCGUGCACAAGGACACGCUGCACUCCGCCAUGGCCGUCGUCUCGAGGGUAUGCGGCAAGAUGGAGCCAGGAUCGGAGCGUGUAGGCGACGCAGUGAUGUCGCUCUCAGCGUUGCUGCGUCACGCGGACGCUCGCGUGGCCGACGCGGCUCUGCGCUGCUUCGCUUCCCUAGCGGACCGCUUCGCUCGCGCCCACGCUGACCCCGCGCCCUUAGCGGAACACGGUCUAACUGAAGAGCUAGUGCGCCGCCUCGGCAGCACCGAGGGCAGCGACGACAAAUGCCUGGCGCCCUCCGUGUCCACCACCGUGAGCCUGCUGUCCACGCUGUGCCGCGGCUCUGCGCAGAUCACACAUGACCUAGUGCGCCUGGAGCUAUGUUCGGCCAUCGAAGCAGCUGUGCAAGCCGAUGAGCGCUGGUGCCUCGAGUGCAUGCGGCUAGUGGAUCUACUACUGGUGCUGGUCUGCGAGGGACGACACGCCAUACAGACGGGCUCCAACAAAAAUGGCGACGCGGCCAGCGGAUCGAAGAGUGGCGCCGGGGGCGAGGGCUCGAGCGCCACCGCGGGCGCCCGGGGCGACAAGUCGCACCGCCAGCUGAUUGACUGCAUCCGUGGCAAGGACACGGAUGCGCUCCUCGCAGCAGUUUCUACAGGCGCCGUGGACGUCAAUUUUACCGAUGAUGUCGGGCAGACACUUCUGAACUGGGCUGCGGCUUUCGGCACUAAGGAGAUGGUUGAAUUCCUGUGCGAAAAAGGAGCUGACGUGAACCGCGGCCAGCGCAGUUCGUCCCUGCACUACGCGGCCUGCUUCGGCCGGCCCGCCAUCGCUAAAGUUCUGCUACGCUACGGAGCCAACGCCGAUCUGCGCGACGAGGACGGCAAGACGCCGCUAGACAAGGCCAGAGAGAGACACGAUCAAGGUCACAGAGAAGUGGCUGCAAUUCUUCAGUGCCCCGGAGAGUGGUUGGUUGUCGGCAACCAGGAUUCGCCGACGUUCUCCAACGAUGAAGAUUUUCCUGAGACUGGGGAUAAGGAAAUGGCCGCUAUCUAUUUAGAGCGCUUGAUACCAGUGUUCUGCGCUCGCUACCUCGGCGCUGGCGGCGCUAGCGUGCGGCGCGCGUGCCUCUCGCUGGUGCGCAAGAUGGUGCACUACACGCCUGCCCGUCUGCUGCGCGCGCUGCCCGCCGCCACCGCCGCCUCGCUCACUAUGCUCAUCGCCGCCGUGCUGGACAAUGUGGGCGAGGUGGGCGGUCGGCGGCCGCCGCCGCGGGCGCUGCGCAGCCGCUAUAUCCGCGCGCCGGCGGACGACGACGACGGUCACAUCAUCGUCCUGGGCAUAGCAGAAGAGGUGAUGGUGAAGGCUACCGAUAUCUACUUGGAGCAGUUCGCGCGCCUGGGCGUCUUCAGCAAGGUGGAGGCUUUGGCGGCCGAGCCGGCGACGAGUGCUGCUAACUCCACUAGUGUACCUGGUGGAACCGAAGACGCGACAAGUUUAUGCAGCAACGUAGCGUACUCUUGGGGCGAGUGGUCGCUCUGCCGCGGGCGCGACGCGCUGUACGUGUGGAGCGACGCGGCCGCGCUCGAGCUCAGCACCGGCUCCAACGGCUGGUUCCGCUUCCUGCUGGACGGCAAGCUGGCCACCAUGUACUCCAGCGGCAGCCCGGAGCACCAGACCGACAACACGGAGAACCGCGGCGAGUUCAUAGACAAACUCCAAAGAGCCAGGGCGUCGGUGAAGAACUCUGUACCACAGCCGAUAUUGUCCAAGCCGUCGCACACCAAACUGAUACUCGGGAACUGGUCUCUGUCCUGCAAGAAGGAAAAGGAGCUUCAGAUACACAACACAGAUGGGCAACAGCAAACUACGUUGCUACGGGAAGAUCUGCCCGGGUUCAUAUUCGAAUCCAAUCGAGGGACCAAACACUCCUUCACUGCUGAAACAUUUUUAGGGCCAGAACUGGCAAGCGGCUGGGCGGACCGGAGGCCCACAGUAUCGAAUAACGCGAACAACGCUAACCAGCGGCGCUCAAGGAUCUCUGCCAAGACUGAGGCGCUCAAAACACAGGUGGGAUCCCGCGCGCGCUCGCUGUACUCGCGCCAUCUCGCGGGUGCCGCUAACCGUCAGCCGCGCGCGCCCGUGGCUCGCUUGCGCGCUGUGCUGGCCCAACUACAGCGCCUCGCUACGCAACCUACCAAAGACUGGCAGCAAGAGAUGCACGAAGCUUUAGAACAGUUGACUGAGCUGCUUUGCGGGGAGGAACUUCUGUCCGCAUAUGAGCUGCAAUCGUCCGGCCUCGCUCCGGCACUGUUGCAAGUGCUGUCACAACAACCUAAUGAGCCAGUCUCCCAGUACCGAGCGCGCGAACAGCUGGUCCGCUUGUGGGCCGUGGACAGCCGCGCGGGCUGCGCGCUGGCGGCGCGGCUCGUGGGCGUGCUGGAGUCGGUGGAGCGGCUGCCCGUGCACGCGCCCGCCGGCGACGCGCCGCCGCCGCCCUCCACCGCGCUGCACCACCUCACCAAGAGGAUCCGAUUACGCGUAGUCCGCGCAAGCGAAGACAGCACCGAGGACACGACCAAUAGUAACAACGCCGGCCGCAACCUCAAAGUCGAAGCCCUCACCACUGUGCGGCAACUAGAACGCUUCCUCGCCAAGUCUGUGGCGCGCCAGUGGUACGACAUGGAACGUUCCACCUUCAACUUCGUACAGCGGAUCAAAGCGGAGGCACCUAUGGAUUUCGUGUACGAUCACGAUUUCGACGAGAACGGCGUCCUAUACUUCAUCGGUAGCAACGGCGGCACCGCCGAGUGGGUCAACCCGGGCGCCCACGCCCUCGUCUCCGUGUGGUCCUCCGACGGCCGCCAGCUGCCCUACGGCCGCGCCGAAGACGCUCUGUCCCGUUCUCCUGAACCGCUCAACGUGCAUACGAAUGACGAUCGACGCGCGUUCAUUGCGCUUGAUUUAGGGUUGCAAAUAAUACCCACUGCUUAUACGCUGCGGCAUGCGAGGGGAUACGGAAGGUCGGCGCUCAGGAAUUGGCUCUUCCAGAUGUCUGCGGACGGUAUGUCGUGGUCAACGCUACUGGCGCACAGCGACGAGCAAGCGCUCCAAGAGCCCGGCAGCACGGCCACGUGGCGGCUGCGAGCCGACGCGCCUUACCGCUACCUGCGCGUGCAGCAGAACGGCAAGAACGCCUCGGGGCAGUCGCACUACCUGUCGCUCUCCGGCCUCGAGAUAUACGGCAAGGUGGUGAGCGUGUGCUCGACGCCGCCGCGGCAGUGCGCAGGCGGGCAGGGCGCGGGCGCGCAGGCCGCGUGCGGCGGCGCGCGCUCGCGGCGCUGGUCGCGCGGCGGCGGGGGCGGCGGCGCGCGCGGGCUGUGCGCCGGCGCCAAGGUGGCGCGCGGGCCCGACUGGAAGUGGCGCGACCAGGACGGCAGCCCGCCCGGCCACGGCACCGUCACCUCCGACCUGCACAACGGCUGGGUCGACGUCAGGUGGGAGCACGGCGGGCGCAACUCGUACCGCAUGGGCGCGGAGGGCAAGUUCGACCUGAAGGUGGUGAGCGGCGGCGCGGCCGAGGGCGCGCGCGGCGGCCGCAAGUCGCACUCCACGCCCAGCCUGCCCGACGCCACGGCGCAGGACCAGGUGUCGGUCGCGUCAACCGAGCAGGCGUCUUCGGCAGACAACAUAUCGGGCGAAGAGAUGGCCAGCAACAUGACACGGCCGCGAAUGCAUACCGCCGAUCUGUCCGCUAUCAACAACUCCACUCAUCAUAUCAACACAGUUGACGAUCGCGAAGACCUCUCGUUGGUAGAUCUGGCGACGAUCGUCGAGUCGCUGACGCUGGGCGCGGAGGGCAACAACUGCAUCGCGGAGCUGAGCGGCAAUUCCUUCGCCAACAUGGAGAUGGGACCGACCAGCAUCACGGACAUCACCAAGCCGUACCCGGCUAAAGAACCGUUGCCGGAGACGAACUCACAAGAGUGCGAAGACAAUGAAAGCGGAGAGGGGCAAUACGACGAACAUAAUAAGAACGAUGGUCAGGGCAGUGGCUCGGGCACCAUGAGUGCCAGCGAACCGGAUCUCACACAACAGGGCGCCGCGCGACUACUUGAAUCUCUUGGCGUUGGACGCGGCAGCGGCGCCGGCCGCGGCAACAACCCGCAGCGGGCCUCGCGCACCAACCACUCCACUAGUCUAUUCCCGAGCUUGGUGCGACUCGCGUUGUCGAGCAACUUCCCCGGCGGACUGCUGUCUGCGGCGCAGAGCUACCCUUCACUCGCGCCCAACGCGCAAAACGCUCUCACUCUCUCCCUCACUUCUACUUCCAGCGAGAGCGAGCAGGUGUCCCUCGAAGAUUUCCUAGAGUCGUGCCGCGCGCCCGCGCUGCUGGCCGAGCUAGAGGACGAUGAUGACGGCGACGACGCGCUCGAUAGCGACAAGGAGAAUGAGCCCGCCUACCAGGAGGUAUCUCGCAAUCUUCUGUCGCUUAUGGAAGAGGAAGCCUUGGAAGCGGUCCGUGGAGGCCUAGGGCAGCGCGCUCGGCGUCCAUGGGACGACGAGUUCGUGUUGAAGCGGCAGUUCUCCGCGCUCAUACCCGCCUUCGACCCGCGCCCCGGCCGCACCAAUCUCAACCAGACCGUCGAUCUCGAUAUACCCCUAAACGAGUCGUCCGACACGGAAGAGUCGGAGGCGGCGCGCAGUCCCCCGGCGUCGCCGGCGCCGGCAGAGGGCGCGGGGGUGGGGACGGGCGCGCGGCUGCCCGCGCUGCGCCUGGUGCUGAGCGCGGGCGCGGCGGCGCUGGCGCUGGAGCGGCCGUCGUGGACCGUGUACCGCGCCGUCGUCGCGCUCAACGCGCGCCUGCCCGCCCAAGACUCGCACCGCGACACCACCUACACGUUAACAUAUAAAGAAGUGGAAGGGAUGGAAACGUUCGCCGCGUCCAGUGAUAGUGAAGAUGAUGAGCCGGGAGACCCAGAGCGCGGGCUGGCGGGCGCCUCGGGCUCGGAGGGCUCGGCGGCGGCGGUGUGCGUGCGCGUGCUGCGCCGCCUGCGCGCCGCCGCGCCCGCGCUGCCCGCCGACGCCUUCCUCUCCACCAAGCUCACCAACAAGCUGCACCAGCAGCUGCAGGACCCGCUGGCUCUGGCCGCGCACGCCGCGCCGCACUGGUGCCAACAACUGAACGACUGGUGCCCGUUCCUGUUCCCGCUGGAGACGCGACAGAUGUUCUUCGCGUGCACGGCGUUCGGCACCUCCAGAACCAUCGUGUGGCUGCAAGCGCAGCGCGACCGCGCGCUGGACCGCCAGAGAUCUGGCAACACAGUGUCGCCGCGUCGCGCCGAGCUAGAAGCGACGGAGUUCCGCAUGGGUCGUCUGCGGCACGAGCGCGUGCGCAUCCCGCGCCAGCCUAACCUGCUGCGAUCCGCUAUGCAGGUGAUGAAGGUGCACGCGGGGCGCAAGUCUGUGCUGGAGGUGGAGUUCGCGGGCGAGGAGGGCACCGGGCUGGGGCCCACGCUGGAGUUCUACGCGCUCGUGGCGGCCGAGCUGCAGCGCGCCGACCUCGCCAUGUGGCUGCACGACGCGCAGCCGCCGCUCGCCGCCCACCAGCCCUACCACCUGGACGAAAAGCCCCCGGGCUACUACGUGACGCCGGCCAACGGACUGUUCCCGGCGCCGCUCCCUCAAGACUCUCCAAUCUGUGAUAAAGUUUGCAAAUAUUUCUGGUUCCUAGGAGUAUUUUUAGCUAAGGUUUUACAAGACGGGCGGCUGGUGGACCUGCCGCUUUCAGAGCCGUUCUUGCACAUCAUGUGUGGCGAGGAGCUGAAGAACGACCAUCUGCAGGAGAUCGAUCCCAUCAGGCACAGGUUCCUGCAAAACGUUCUUGCCGCGGCGGAGCAAUACGACGCGCUGCAGUCCGACGCGUCGCUGUCGGCGGAGGAGCGAGCGUCGCGCGCGGCCGAGCUCACCGUCGAGGGCGCCACCUUCGAGCAGCUCGCGCUCUCCAUGACGCACGCGGCGUCCGGCGCCGCGCACGACGACCCCGCCGCCCUGCAGCCGCUCUGCGACGCGGGAGAACACAUCGAGAUCGGUGCGCACAACGCCCGCGCGUACGCGGAGGCGAGCGCGCGCUGGAUGGUGGCGGACGGCAUCCGGCGCCAGGCGGCCGCCUUCCGCCGCGGCUUCGCCGGCGUCUUCCCGCCGCGCCGUCUGCGCGCCUUCAGCCCCUCCGAGCUGCGUCUGCUGCUGUGCGGCGAGCGCGGACCCGCUUGGACCAAGGAACUACUGCUCCAGUACACGGAACCGAAGCUGGGCUACACGCGCGACUCGCCCGGCUUCCUGCGGCUCGUGGACGUGCUGGUGGAGAUGUCGUGGCGCGAGCGCAAGGCCUUCCUGCAGUUCGCCACCGGCUGCAGCAGCCUGCCACCUGGAGGACUGGCUAACUUGCACCCCAGGCUCACUGUCGUCAGGAAGGUGGACGCGGGCGACGGCUCGUACCCGUCAGUGAACACGUGCGUGCACUACCUGAAGCUGCCCGAGUACUCGUGCAAGGAGGUGCUGCGCGAGCGCCUGCUCGCCGCCACCAACGAGCGCGGCUUCCAUCUCAACUAGACGCCCACUUCGCCCGCCCCGCGGGCCUUGUCUGUGAGCCUUUACUAUAUUACACCACGUAUUCUGAUAGUCAGACCUACGCGGAACGAGUCGUCUCACGGGAAAAUAUUGGUGCCUCAUAUGCGCCGUUACAAUGGCUCAGUCGAUAAGUUGUCGUUCGGAAUAAAUUCCUCGGUCAUUGCAACCGUGGUAAAAUUCUCAUCAGGUGACUCGUUCUCUGUUAGGCCUAAUAAGGAAACGCUUCCAAAACUCGCAACAGUCGCAACACAUCAAAGCGAAUGAUCUCAACUUAUGGUGUAAUAUAUUAUUCGGCUGAUUUGAUACUGACAUAAUUGGUUACUUGAUUGAUAGUAAUUUGUAUCCUUGGUAAAAUUAUACAAAUUACUAGGGGUAUGUAAACAUUUUCGAUUUACUAACAACUGUGUGUACUACUGCGAACACUGAAUUUUAACGCAAUAUAAUAACAGCUGAGCCGCAACGGCCAAUAGCGGAUGAAGACGUGUGAUAAGAAGGGCUAAAACUACGUUGGUGUAUGUACAAAUUGUGCAAUAUUUACGAAUCGCGAACGACAUGUGAAAUAUGUAUACAUUUGACGCCUUGUUACAUUACAAUAAGGUGCAAAAAUGUUUACGUGUGACUAGCAUGCCGACUGAUAUCGAACAGUCCAACAUGGUCCUGGCCUAGUUUUCUGCAUCUAAUCUUGCUCAUACCUCAAUAAAACUAUGACAUUAGAAAAUGCUAUGAAAUAUACUUUUGUUUGUAUUAUUUGAAUAUAACCAACUGAGUUGUACUUUCACCAGCGUAUCCUAAGUGACUAAGCGGGAGAUAUAAUAUGCGAUGAUUUGUGUCUAUUUAUGACAUAUUUAGUUAGAUAUUUUUUAAUUUUUUUUCUUAGAUUUAAAAUGUACUUGUGUAAUGACAAAUUGGAGUUCUCUCACAAAAAAUGCUUAGAUAGCGCCGCUUCGAAGCGUUAUCAAUAACCUUUUUUCACCAAUACUUUUUGUCGUUUUGUAAAACGUGUUACAAUUCAUUUGUAUACUCGGGUCGGCGAUAUCAAAGGAAGACGAUUUUUAUGUGUUACCUAUUAUAAACUGUUUGUAUUGUCGUUUUAUAGUAGUAUUCAGAUGUACUGGCUAUUUAGAUAUCUCGUUUUUAUGUAAAUGUAAAUGAGAACCAUUAUAUUUGUACCGUGACGUUUUCUGAUUGCAAGUGAAAUUCUGAAUACCACUUUAGUUAAUAAUGUGGGUGGAAGUAAUGACAUCGAUGAAGAUUAGUUACCGUGCGCAGUUAUAAAUAUACAGUACAAUUGUCGCUGGGUCGGUUUUCAAUGUAUUUACAUCUCUUGAUUUGUAUUCUAAGUUUUGCUGCUAUUAUUAUUGUAAGAUUUGAAUAAAAAUAUAAAAUAAGAGAGGCUACUGUUUUGUUAGUGAACGAGUACUUUUGACUAGAUCUCUGUGAUGUUUAUAUUCAUAUAUAGCUGAAAAUGACCAGAUUUAUAACUUUUUGGGUGUCCUAAUCAUGGAUUCACUUGUAAUUGAAUAUUUUAUAGUUGAAAUUAGUAAAAAAUAUAAAAGCACUUCGUUUGUGCUACUUGCAAUCACCUUUAACGUAUGAUUCACUUGACAAUGUGGAAUACUAUGGGUCAGUUGCACCAAACCGUCUGUCACCGUUAAAGCAUUCGUUAAAUUUUAUUGUAUGGAAAGUUCCAUAGACUUCUACUGCGUGACGAUGAUGUUUCUGUCAAAUGUAGUUGAUGCAACUGGC